GUGAUGGAGGAAGAGGAGGUUGAGAAGAGUGGCGAGAGGACACCUGAGGAGGAAGAGGAGGAGGAGGAGGGGAAGACGAUGCAGCCUAAAGAGAAAGACAGGAAUGAGACAGCGGAGGAGAGAGGGACGGAGAGAAGAGAGGAGUUAGAAGGAGAGAGGGACGGAGAGGAACCAUCAUCUACCACUGAGACAGAACAGAGCACAGAGGGCGACGGUGAGAAGCCAUCUUCAUCUGUAGCUGAGGAAGAUGAUGGUGAAGCGAGCGGUCUGCGUGAGGAAGAGGAUGGUAGCAGCGGUAACAGCGGGCGCGGUGGGAGUGACGUGUCGUUCAUCAGUCGUCCGUGGCGUAUCGUGGACGGCAGUCUGAACAGUCCGGUGUGUAAAGGCAUGUUGGAGGCAGUUCUGUACCAUAUCAUGACCCGACCCGGUUUACCAGAACACACCUUACUGGAACACUACAGAGGAGUCCUGCAGCCUGUGGUGGUACUGGACCUAGUGCAGGCCCUGGUAGAGUUGGGCUGUAUUAAGAGGAGGUACGUGAGCAGACGUCCAAAACCCUCCCUCUUCUCCUGCCCAGCCACCUUCCUGGUGGUGGAGGAGAGAGCGUAGAGAGACAGGGGUGAGGCUGGGGGAGACGGCGGUAAGACCGGCUGAGACGACCACUGUGUUCUACGAGCCGACCAUCGACUGCUGUCUGCGUCUAGGACAGGUUUUCCCCCAUGAAAACAACUGGAACCAGUGGGUCCAGUUCGCACAACAUGAGAACAAACAGUAGGGAGUUUUAACUGAUCCGGGGUGUAUUCUUUAGCGCACACCGUAGUGAAACUUUUUAGGCCGUAGCAAAACAUUUUGCAACUGAAAAAUGUUUUCGCAAACAAAAACAAGAGUUUCUAUUGGAAAAUUUCAAGGAGGUCCCUCGCCGUUUCGUUCCCUUUGCUUCUGUUUGGUUCCAUUUAGUUCUUAGUGAAUACACCCCAGGACUGCUGGGGACAGGAGUUUUACUUGAUCAGGACUAAUAGGCCCAGGAGUUAGAACAACAAGUUUCUUCACAGUGGGUAACCAAGGAUCUUUGGUUCUGGUUCUUAAUUACUCUUACCAGACAACAAGAUUUUAUUUUAGCUAAAAAUUAUGUUUCAGUUCUGGUUUUACA